CUCGGUCUCACGCACGCUCCCCGACGCAUAUUUCGAGGCGACCUGGUAACAUGCCGGACUCAACUCGCCAGUUCCAAGCUAGCUUUCGUAAACGUAAUAAUAGCUAUAUGCUUACAGAAGACGCAAUUACUGCACACGUAUUGCAUUUCAACCAAGUUUGUUUGUUUUCAGGGCUGCAAAAAACAAAUGCAUUUGCAGAAAAUUAUCUUUACGAUGGCUAACAUCACCCAAAGCUGCUACCUCGCAAAUUAGCCAGAUAACUGGCAUGCUAGGUAGCUAACAGUACGGUUAUCAAUAAAAUAGGCUAGCUACACAGCUACCGUUAGCUGUCGCUUAAAAUAUCAUUUCUCGGGUCAGCUGCCUAAUCUCUUCGCAUGGGAGAGAAUAAGAAAUUCUCGCUUCUAGAUCUGGCAUUACAGAAGGAGCAAAGAGAAAGGGAAUCUCCAGCGAUGAAGAAAUGCAAGGAAUCAGUCACUACCGACUCCGAAAAGGAGAAUAACAUAACAGUGUCCGCUGUUCCUGAAACAACGCCGUGGGCCUCAAAGUUUGGGAGAGACGUGGUGGUGUUGGACUCCGAUUCGGACGAUUCUAUAUGUGAAGGGAUAUUGGUGACGAAGCCAAAUCUAAGGCUAAUCAUGGUGGUGAGUUGGGGAGGGAGAUGAGUCUUCAGUCUGCGCUUGAAGGUGGUCAGAGACUCUGCUGUUCUGACAUCCACCGGGAGGUCAUUCCACCACCGUGGGACCAGGACAGACGGCAGUCGUGAGCGUGAAGUGCAGGGCGUGGAGACAGAGAGAGGUGGAUCCUGACAUCUCGGAGGUGAUCGUAUUGUCAGAUGAGGAGGAAGAGGAUAAGCCGUCGGAAAAACCGCAGACGAUCUUCCCGCACAGGAAACAGGUUUUCAAAGACAGAAGCGCUGUGGAAGGACCUGUGGCUUCCUGGAUGACGAAAUGUGGCGAUCAAGAGACAACCCUUAAGAGGAAACCGGAGGGGUCCAGUUGUGACUCCCAGAACAGCAGUGUUCAGGCCAUUAAGAAGAGGCGGGAUUCUCUGACUGAUGACUCCGAGGCUGAGGGACCGGAACCUAGCUGGAAAAGUCAAGAAGACAUGGUGAAGAAACUGCAGAGGAAAUUCCCCUCCCUUGAUAAGGAGGAACUUAGGGAUGUGCUCCAGGAACAUGAUUGGCUGUUUGGAGAAACACUGGAGGCUCUCAGUAUGUUCACUGAGGCAGUUGACGACUCCUGCUUACCCGAAUACAGUGCCAAGGAACCCGAGAGCCAAGAUGACAACGGACAGCCGACUGCCCCCGAACCCAGCCUCGACACCGUGUCCAUUUCCUGCUCCAGAGACGCCAACAAAAACAGGAAGGGGAGCGUCCGCGGUGGCAGGAGGACCUAUUGCAAAUCGAGGGGACGGAAAGCGGACGCUCCCUCGCCCGCGUGCGCGGACCAGAGUCCCCUGAACGGGGACAGCAAGCCCACCCGGGUGUCCCAGAGACAGCGGCGCCCGCGGGCCGUGGCGGGGCAGUACAGUGGGUCUGACUGCAGCAGCCUGGUGAGCAGCGACCCCGAGGUGCACUCCGAAUACUCCGACUCGGACAAGGAGGAACGGGCGGACCACGGCCGAAACGAUCGGAUCCUGGGCUUCUUCCAGGAAGCGUUGGUGGACGAGCUGAUGCUCAUCGCGGGGUGCUCAGCGAAGAAAGCCCAGAAGAUCGUGGAUCUGCGGCCCUUCGGGACGUGGGAAGACCUGGUUCAGGCCUUUCACAAGGGGAACGGCCUGUCCCUGGAGCUGCUGCGGGGCUGCCGCAGGGUGAUUCGGGAGCGGGACGUGGUCUUGGGCCUGAUGAACAGGUGCGAGAGCGUCAGUGAGACCAUGACCAGGGCCGCCACGCAGGUCAUCAAGGGAGGAGAGGCCUCUGCCAUGCAGCCAGAGAUCCUCAACAGCAAGUUUCAGCUGAAGCCAUACCAGCUGGUAGGACUGAACUGGCUUGUUAUGCUGUACCAAAAUGACCUGAGCGGGAUCCUGGCAGAUGAGAUGGGAUUGGGGAAAACGAUCCAGGCCAUUGCCUUCCUGGCCAGCUUGUAUGUGGAUGGUGUGUGUGGCCCACAUCUAAUCGUUGUGCCUGCCUCUACCCUGGAUAACUGGGUUCGGGAGCUGAAUAUUUGGUGUCCCAGUCUUAAGGUGCUCGUCUAUAAAGGGUCCAUUGAGGAGCGCAAAUCUCUUCGACACAGCAUUCUCAACAAGCAAGUGGAAUACAACGUCAUCAUGUCUACGUACAACCUGUCCAUUGGUACGGACAGUGACCGCUGUCUGUUUCGGAAACUGGAGCUGCAGUACGCCGUGUUUGACGAGGGCCACAUGCUGAAGAACAUGAACUCCCUCCGCUACCGCCACCUCAUGGCCAUCAACGCUCAGCAUCGAUUGCUCCUCACUGGCACCCCUCUCCAGAACAACCUGCUGGAGCUCAUGUCCCUCCUCAACUUCAUCAUGCCAUCCAUGUUCUCCAGCAGCACCUCACAGAUCACCAAGAUGUUCUCCAUGAAAUCAUCAGAGGAACAGAACAUAUUUGAGAAGGAGAGAAUCUCCCAGGCCAAACUCAUAAUGAAGCCCUUCAUUCUAAGGCGUGUCAAGAGUGAGGUCCUGAAACAGCUGCCUGAGAAAGAGGAGGUGGUGGAGUUCUGUUCCAUGACUGAGAAACAGGAAGCACUCUACACCUCGCUAUUCCAGAGUCUAAAGGGUACAACCAAUGGAGAGAAGCGGGCACUCAGCAAUGUGAUGAUGCAGCUGAGGAAGAUGGCCAAUCACCCACUGCUACACCGGCAGUACUACACCUCCGAUAGGCUGGCAGCCAUGAGUCGGCUGAUGCUGAAGGAGCCCACCCACCAGGACGCCAGCCCCACCCUGAUCCAGGAGGACAUGGAAGUGAUGUCCGACUUUGAGCUUCACCGCCUCUGCCUGCAGUACCCCUGCUUACAGGGCCAACAGCUGGACCAGGACGUUCUUCUGGACUCCGGAAAGUUCAGACUGCUCUCCGAGCUGCUGGUGUCUCUCAACGACAAGGGUGACCGGGUGGUGUUGUUUAGCCAGUUUACCAUGAUGCUGGACAUUGUGGAGGUUCUGCUGAAUCACCUGGGUCACUGCUACCUCCGCCUGGAUGGCUCCACACCCAUCGCUGACCGGAUCGUUUUAAUUGACAAUUUUAACAACAACACAGAGAUUUUUGUGUUCCUGCUGUCAACGAGGGCUGGAGGCCUGGGCAUCAACCUCACCUCUGCUAAUGUCGUCAUUCUGCAUGAUAUCGACUGCAACCCGUAUAACGACAAGCAAGCCGAGGACCGCUGCCAUCGAGUCGGACAGACCAGGACAGUGAAGGUGAUAAAGCUUAUCAGCAAGGACACGAUUGAGGACUGCAUGCUGCGUGUCGGGCAGAAGAAGCUGAAACUGGAGCAGGACAUGACCGCGUCUACAGAAGGUGAGGAGGGCUCUAUGCCUGAAGACAUGGCGACUCUGCUAAGGGCCUCUCUCGGACUGUAAUGCACUUCACAAGCUCUCUGAGCUACCACUGGCAUGGUGCGCACCUUAACCUCAGAAUGGGAGAUGCAGAGCUCCCAUUGGCUAACGUGGACUGGUACAACAGCCAAUGACAUUGCACCCCAUGGAUGAAUCUUUGUAUGUGAAUUUGUACUGUACAGGAACAACGGGCGUCCUUUGAACUGUGCUGCUUUUACCAAUCCCCAUUUGCUAAAUGGGGACAUUGCACAACAGAAAUAAAUGUUGGUUUUUUUGUUACAUACUGGCUUGUGUAAAACACCACUCUCAGUGCCUUAAAUAUUGUCACUGAAAGUUUUUGUUUUGUGGAGCAGUUGAAAUGUCUGGAGUCAUUUUGCCAUUGCUAGUUUCUUUUCAAAGCCAGAGGUAGGCAGGGUAGGUGCAACAGGGGUAUGCAUUUUUAAGGGUUUUUAAAUUUAUUUGGAAACAUUGUUUUUUAUAUCCUAAAUGUCUCAACCAGAGGAAGAAGAUUUGGGUAUGUCAGUAGAGCUUUUUCACUGACAGCUGACAGAAUGCUCAGCAAUAAAGCCAAUUACUACUGGUGUGAUACAUUUAGAGUAAAAGAAUUGGGAGAAAUUGCAAGUAAGACUUUUCUUUCUGACGAUCCACUUUUCCUUUUUUGUGAGGAAACAAUCUAAAUGUCUUUUUUAUAUAAAACAUUUUUAAUUAUGUAUUGUGUUUUCAGUUGAUAUUUUCAAUUAAAACAUUGAGAGCCAUUUCA